UUGCAACUCUAGAAGGACUCAUACUCUCAUCAUGACGCAGGUGUUCAUUGAGGAGCAAAAAGACAGCUAUUAUUAUUUUACCCAUAGGCCACAUAUUCGACCUUAUGUAUGUUCAACAGUAAAAGAUUUCCAAGAAGAAAGAAACUAUUUGGCACAUCAUGUAUUCCCUCAGCUCAAUAAUUUCUCUGUAUCUCGAGGGACGUCCUUCAAACCAAUUGACAUGAGGUGGACAUUAGAAGAAAGCACAGAUGUUAAGUCUGCUGUCCUCGAGCAGUCUCACUUAGUGUCUUCUAUGCAGCUGAAACUUCGUCUUGAUUACAUUAACAGUUCAUCGCCUUUCUUUAUAUGCCUACUUGGCCAUACCUAUGGGGAAUAUGUUCCAGAGACUGAAAAUGGCCGUCUAGCUGUUGUUUCUGAUGUCCCAGAUUUUAGAUCGUUAUCAAGAGUAGAGCAAAAUCUCAUUGUGGCAGCAAAGAAUGGUUACCGCUGGGUUCUAGAAGAAGAUCACAGUCACCGUAGUUUGACAGAGUUGGAAAUCAUCCAAGCUGUAUUCUUACAAGAUACAAAAUUUCAUUACUUCUACUUCAGAGAUUAUAAUUUUAUUGACCAAGAACUACAAAAAGCCAAUGGGAAUGAGAAGAAAGCCUCCAUGUCUACAUGCACAGCUGCAAAUGAGCACGAAGAAACAAAAAUAUGGGAACUGAAAACAAGAAUUGUGGACAGAGGGUUACCUGUAAAGUUCUUUAAAACAAAAGAGGAACUGGGGCAAUUGGUGCUUAAAGAUUGGUGUGAUGUAAUAGAAAAAGUGUAUCCUCUCAGUGCCGUUCCUGCUAACCUAGGUCAUGAAUACAGUCUUGCUCAAGCUUACCACGAAGCUUUUGCCGAAGGUCUUUGUAAAGGUUUUGUGUCCAAUGAACAACUGACAAAACUGCUUACAAUUCUGGAUACGUUUGCUUUCAGUGCUCUGAGAAAGGAACAGUCUCCUUAUUUGAUCACAUCUGAGGAUAUCUCUGAUGUUCGCUUUUUCAACGGUGCUUCAUCAAGAUCACCAUCAGCAGCAGAACUGAAGAAGUCCAUUCUUUUGCUUCAAGGCGUUCGAGGCUGCGGAAAGUCGACUCUGGUUGCUAAAUGGCUCUGCUUGUUUAGGAAGUAUGAUCCGGACGUAACGGUAAUCCCUUACUUUGCUGGAAGUAAUGGAAGGAGGAAUGACAUCAUCUCUUUUAUGCGGCAUUGCAUUACACAGCUUCAGGGUGAAUACUUUGGUACUGACAGUCAAGAUGCUUGUUCUGGCGAGAAUAUUACUGAUGGGUUUGAGUUCCCGCUGGUUGUAGAGGCUUUUCUGGCGUCCAUUGCGCUGAAACCAUGUGUGCUACUUUUGGAUGGAAUCGAUGAACUUUCUGGAAUUCGUGGGUUAGCGGCAGAGCAAGCAAAAGGUUUCACAUGGCUACCAGUGAACCUUCCUCGACAUUGCAAAAUCAUUAUGACUACCAACAAAUCCCACCUGUCCUACAAAUAUAUGAAGGAACGUAUAGAUGUGCAGAUGAUUGAGCUGGAGGCACUGAGCGGUGACGUUGGACUAGAGAUCAUUAAGAAGCAGUUAGCGAUAUCAGAUAAACAAAUUGCCCCGGAUCAGCUGGAAAGCAUUGUUAACAAGAAAGGAAAAAUAACUCCUCUCCAACUUGCAGUCCUGGCAAGUGAGCUUUGCCUGUACUCGCAAUACAUGUUUGAAUCCAGUUCGGUUGAUGAUUACCUCGAUGCUCUCACCACAGAACAGAUGUGGUCUUUUCUGAUAGAGCGGUGGGUCAAAGACUACAGCUGGACAUAUGAAAAACCCAAAAAGAAGAAAAAAGCUAAUCAAAUUUUAGCGAAUACAGCAUUGGCAGAAAUGAAAGGCUGGGUGGUAGAUGUCUUGUGUUUGCUGAGUAUCUCACGGUGUGGUCUGGGUGAUGACGAUAUCCUUCAGCUUUUGAAAAACAUGGGAUACCAAGAUCAUUUUGAAGUCACUUCAAUACACUGGGCUGCCUUUCGUUCAGCAGCUUCUAAAUGGAUCGAGGAGAAACCCGAUGGAUUGCUGCACUUCUGUCAUCAAUCUUGUCGUUAUGCUGUUGAUCACUUAUUUCUUGGUAUAACUAUGCCAGUUAGCUAUAGCCUGGAUAAUUAUUUCCAGAAUACCAUGAACCAUAAGAGAAAACGUUAUCACCAACUUCUUAUUAAGUACUUCCAGCAGAUGGAUUUAUCAAGACGGGUUUUUGAAGAAGUUUCUUGGCACCUAAAGAUGAUUGGCAACCUAAGUGAGAUGUAUAGAUUUCUUACAAACGCAAGAACUUUAGAUUUAGUGUACAGAAGCACAAGGGUUGGUUACGAGAUGAAGAUGGACCUUAUUCGUUCCUGGAAGUUUCUCCUUGCAUCUGGGAAUGACCCAGCUGUGGAAUGUGAAAAGAUGAUGGACAGCAGGAGAGCUAUGAAUGAAGAUAUUAGUGAGAUGGCGGAAUAUGGUAGUGUCAUCUGCUUUGCUGCCCAGUGCCUUAAGGAUAUUGGAAAGACUAAUCAAGCAGAGGAAAUACUGUCAUUUCUUGAAAGUCACCUGGAAAAAUGUACAUUGGAUAAGAAAAGUACAGAGGUUCUCAUGCGGACACAGAAGUCUAUUGCAGACCUAUAUCGAGACAGUGGAUCAUGGCCAAAAGCAUCUAUGUACUAUCAGAAGGCUUUGCAGGGAUUUCAAGGUUUCACUCCGGAGGACUUAGAAAAUAAUGAGCAGCUACUAAAACUGCAAGGUAGGUUGAAGUGUCAUUUAGCUCUUUCAAAUGCCAUACAGUUCUCAGGGCAACUCCGGCAAGCUCUUGAAGAUGCCAUCAGCCAUUUCCAACUGUUUUCUCCUGAUCCUUAUGAGCAAGCGGUACUGCAACUCUGCCAAGGUCUCUACAAGUUUUCAGUAGGGAACUUCUCUGAGUCGGAAAAACAUCUGUGUGAAAGCUACAAUAUCAGAUGCAAUCUGCAUGGAAAGAGGCACGUUCUAACAGGUGAAGUGCAGGAAUAUCUAGCAGAUUUAAAAAGCCAUCCGAGAAAUGACACAUAUUCCCACAGAUUACAAGCACUCGAAAUCUACAAAGAAGUGAUAAGUAUAAAAGAAUCUGCUGAAGAAUUGUCACAAUCAGUGGAAAUCAAAGACAAUCUCAAACUAAGCCUGAGCACUACAUUAUUUAAAUCAGGAAUCCUAUUAUGUCAGGCGGAUUUCAGAGGAUGUAAGGAGGCCAUUGGAAUUCUGCAAAGGUCCCUCGACCUGAGAACAAGGAUCUUAGGCCUUGAUCAUCCUUUGAGUCGUGAAGUUCAGUGCUGUCUUAAGAAGGUGAAAUACGUUGUAAGAUGUGGCAAAGGACAGUUUAAAUGUGAAAGAUCACCCUGUGUUAUGGAAAAUAUAUAUACUCUGGACGAUGGAAGACUUUCAAACAUUUCACCGCCUACAUACCAUCAUGAUAUGGAAUUUCACAGAACAAACCCAGAAGCCCUAAAUUCUUCCACUGAAAGGAACUCAAAUGAGAUAUUAACGCACAGUAAAUGGCGAGCAAAGACAGCACCGACAACUGUCUUGGAAAAGAGGAAACUGCUGGGUACCCAGGUUUUGUCCAAUCAAGGGGACAGUAACUCAGGAGAGGACGGAUGUGGCAAACUUGCCCCAGUAUCUCCAAUAACAGCAUUCAAAGGAAAAAGGCUUGGUCCAUUACCUUCUCGUGCAAAAAGCGCCCCUGUGUCACACCCUACGACUGUGUGUCAGACGGUAAUAUCUGGUCCUCUAAGCUCCAUUACAGCAUUGGAUACAUUUAGCAGCCCUGUCUCAAGGUCAAAAGAGCACAGAUUAACCCACAAAUCUGCAUGGUACCAUGUGCCUGGCCGAUACCCAACACUUCACACACCCUAUCCACCCAAAAGACAUCAAAUUCCAGAUUGGGUGUGAGUCCACAGGGUUAUUCGAUUUAGGAGAAUAAACAAUGUUUUAAAUCAUUUAUAACUGAUACAGCAUCUUGUGUAGUUAUAGAGGAAUUGAGUUGUUUGAAUAAAUGUCUAAAAAAAAAGUAAACUUAAUCAUAUUGUCACUCA